ACAUUAGGCACAUUUUUUGCAUUGCAAGCUGUAACUUCCGACCUUAAGUCACUUACACACUAGACCAGAUAUGUCCCUUAAUAAACUGCUCGGGGCUAUUCAGGAAACUAAAAAAAGACCUCAUCAAAUAUACUGAGAAAAAAAACAUCCGACAUUCAAACCACAUUGACUAAAAUAGAGGCCUCACUCUCCACGCUGUCGGAUCAGGUGCAGGAGAUGGAGACACCUGUGGGCGCAAACGAGGACAACAUUAAAGAUACAAGCGUUGACAAGAUGGAGAAACUAAUGUCUCAUCCUAAAGAUUAAACGGAUGAUCUGAAGAAUACUAAACGUACCAGAAAAACCAGAAGGCCGAGAUAUGGUGGGAUUUUUGGAGUGGUUCAUAAACAACUACUGGGCAACGACACCUUCACCCUCACCGUUACUUUGGAGAGAGCACACAGCAUCGGAAAAAUGUCUGAGAGGCCGAGGACAAUCCUCGCCAAGUUCCUGAACUUCAGAGACAAAGAGAAAGUCCUCCAGCUCGCCAGAAGCAAGGCAGAGAUCACAUAUGAGAACAAGAGGAUAUCAUUUUAUCAACAGUGCAGCGCGGAUCUGCAGCGCAGGAGAGAUGCGUUCACAGAGGAUGCUACCAGAAAAAGAGGUGGAUUACACUCUGCUCUACAUCAGGCACCAGGGAUCACUCAAGUUUUCCUCUACUCUGGCCGAAGUACAAAGCUUCCUGAAACAACUAAAGGGCGUGAUGCAGAAGAACCUGUAGUGAGACAGAUAAAGACACACAGCAGGGACCAGCCCAACAGCUGAAACAUCCAGAAGGGCUCAACACCAACCUACAUCUGCAAAGCUUCAUCUUCCAGACGAGUUUUAAGAAUGACAAACGUCAAAGCAGCAACCUUUUUCUUGCUGACAGGAGCUCUUGGUCUGUUGGUCCUCCAUCUCUGUAAAGAUUUUCUUGACCACGAAAUGAUCCACCUGUACCAUGUAAAUGUGAGAGACGGUGAUGGUCCAACAAGAGAAUCAAUCAAAAACAACUCCUAUGUAUACUCCUGGCCAAGAUGUCAACAAAAUAUGUCUGCUGCCAACAUCACAGGCUUCAGCUCUCUUCCUGAUUACAUUAAAGACUUUCUCUACCAUCAACACUGUCGCCAUUUCCCCGUCCGACUGGACAUUCCUGACAAAUGUGGAGGAGCUGAUAAAUCAGCAGAUGUCUUCCUUCUGCUGGUCAUUAAAAGCUCCCCCAGGAACUACGACCGUCGAGAGGUGCUGCGGAAAACAUGGGCCAAAGAGAGGUUACAAAAUGGUGUGUGGAUCCGAAGGAUCUUCAUCUCAGGAACAACAGAUUCUGGUUUUGAGAAAAAGAGGCUGAACAAACUCCUCAAGCUGGAGCAACGUGAGUACAAUGACAUCCUCCAGUGGGACUUUAAUGACACGUUCUACAACCUCACCUUGAAGCAGAUACUCUUCCUGGAAUGGAUGGAAAGAAACUGUCCCAACGCUCGAUUCCUGAUGAAUGGUGACGAUGAUGUCUUUGCUAACACAGACAACAUGGUCGAGUAUCUCCAAGGCCUCAAGGAUAACAAUGGAAGCAAACACCUCUUUACUGGCCAUCUCAUCCAGAAUGUGGGGCCCAUCAGAUCCUCAGGGAGCAAGUAUUUUAUCCCAGUUCAGGUACAGGAGUCAGAAUCAUAUCCCCCCUACUGUGGUGGUGGGGGCUUCCUGUUGUCUGGCUAUACAGCUUUGGUCAUAUACAAUAUGUCUCAUUCCAUUACCAUUCUUCCCAUUGAUGAUGUUUACAUGGGGAUGUGUCUGGCCAAAGCCGGACUUGGUCCUGAAUCCCAUAUGGGUGUGAAGACAGCAGGAUUGUACAUUCCCUCCAGCAAACAUGAUGAAUAUGACCCUUGCUUUUAUAAAGAAGUUUUACUGGUACACAGAUUCCUUUCAGCUCACAUGUUUCUUAUGUGGCAGAGAAUACACGACCCUGAUCUCAAAUGUGGUUCCAAAACUGUGACUCGCAGGUGAUGAGAGAGCUUGUUGACACUUUGCUUCCUGCUUCCAUAGUUUUGUGAGUGCAUGUUUUUCUACCACUGUUCAGCUGUUCAACUUGUUUUAUUCCUAAAGUCAUCAAUGUGUGCCAGCAACCAGACAGACACAGAAUGGUCUUGGAAGUAGGUAGUGCUCACAAACAUUACUUUUGUAUAAUAGAGAUAUUACUUACUGACAAAAAAUGGGGUUGCAAAACUUGCUUUGCCGGUGUAUUUGUUAUUUUAUGGCUAAUGUGUUGAUGUGCCUGCUUAAUAUUUACUGGCCUGCUGGGAAAAAAAUAAAUGUUGUCUUUGCCAAAUGCUACACUUUUAUUUAUCAGUUCAUCUGAUAUUUGUUGCUGUGCAGUUGAUUUGUUGGAGCUUGAUUGCUAAAAACAGCUACUUACUGUAGUUUCCGGUAUAUAUGUGAUGUUUUUUGUAUGUGACCUCAAAUGAAAGACAAUGAACGGGAAGCAGAUGACGGACAUGAGACCCUUUUGCAAUAAUACAUAAUGCGAUUUUUGUUCUAUUUAUAUUCUCACACUGAUGGACUUUUAUAUUUUAUCUUUUUUUAUGUAGUGUAUUGACUGUUAUGUGGUAAUUUUUUGUCUACCUGUCCAGGGAUAACAGAUGUGAAUUAGCUGAAUUAACUCUGGUGCAAUUACUUUUCAUUGCAUGCUUUUUAUACAAAAAAAUGAAAUAAAAAUGUUUAAAAGGGGAUUCAA